AUGCCAUUUUCUGUUUUCCUUUGUUGGGCCAAACUGGGUGUUGCUUCUAUUAUUGAGGCAUACUGGAAGCCCCCAAGACUAAGACCUCCUGCUACUUCUCACGACAUGGGUCCCCUGUUGAGAUGGAAGAAAAAUCCAGUGCUCGCGGCAAUCUGCAUCUUUUCUACUAUGACUCUUAUAUUGCCCCUUUCAUUUUUCUAUCACAUGAAGACUUUUGUGUUGAAAAGAGCAGCCGUGUUUCCGAAGCCGCUGAUGUUUUCUGUUGCAUUCAUGAGCAUAUACUCAUUAGGUAUAUCACUUUUCAAGGAUAUACCAGAUAUCGAAGGAGAUAAAGCAUUUGGCAUCGAAUCUUUUUCAACACGUUUAGGUCAAAAGCGGGUAUUCUGGAUAUGUGUUUCCAUUUUGGAAUCUGCUUUUGGAGUUGCCUUUCUCGCAGGAUUAUCAUCUCCUUUCCUUUGGGUUAAAAUUGUCACGGGUGUUGGAAAUGCAGUUCUUGGUUCAAUUCUCUGGUACCGGGCCAAAUUUGUAAAUCUUAAUGACAGAGCUUCCAUUAGAUCCUACUAUCUGCUGAUUUGGAAGCUAUUGUACGUAUCGUACAUACUCCUUCCUUUAAUUAGAUAAGGAUGUUGAUGAAGGAUAAAUCAAAGUAUAGCACGUGGAACAAAAUAAACGAGAUUUGUUUUGCUUCUAAAGUUUAUUAAAAUAGUCAAAAGGGUGUAGAUAUGUUAUUUUUAUAUUAUAUUUGUUGGAUCAGUAAAUGAUUAUUUUAUGUGAUGUUAAAAACUAAUCUAUAUUAUC